GAUCUUUUUGAAUAUAAUAAUGUGCAAGUCCUUUUUGAAAUGUAUUUUGCACGUACUUACCACAAUUCUGUCUGGCUUUUCUGUUUCAUUUUGCAGCAAUCUCGAUUAUAACAUUUCGUUCUAUCUGCAAUACCUCGCACAAUGGCCGAUCUAUUUUGACCGCCUUAUGGGUUAUGGUAAGUGAAGGACUACAAACAGCAUACAUUCUUUUUUAACCAACACUUUACUUGUUACUCGACGAAAAAAGUACACUGAAUGCUAA